UCCACUCCCAACUGCCCGCUGCUCAUGGCCCCAUGUCUCUUCCACCCGCCUGAAGCCGUACGUCGCGCUAAACCCAGGGUCUUAUCGUCAUCACUGCACUCGCGAUCUUUGCUGUUUACCUCAUCCUCCGACGGCGGCGCACCUCUCGCGGCCCCCGAAUCGAUCCGUACGCAGCCGAGGCAACCGCCAUGGCCAACCUGCGGCCGCGGACGUCGAUCCUUAAGCGCCCCGGCGGUGUCGGCGUGCUCUCCAGCGUCAACGACCGCGGCACGAUGGCCGGGUACGGAUGGGUGCGUCUUGACACAGACGAUCGCGCGUCGUUUGAAUCCACAUACGAAUAUGCCGACUCGACCAACCCGCCAACUUAUGGAGAGGCUAGCCACGGAGGUGCGCGAACCUGGACGGGUCCGAGCGAUUCUUCUGGUGCGAGCGGAGGGGCGAGCACCCCUGCUCCAGGGGAAGGAGACGCGACUGCUUUUCGCGUCCACGGUACCAUCCGCAACUCAGGCGGGUUUCGAAAGGUGCGCGGGGCGCGAGCCGACGCGCAGUCUGCAAGCCAGCCGGGGAGUGAAAGAGGCCAUGUUUUGAAGCUGCGCCUCGACCCCGUCCUUACCAACCGCGCUGCACCUCUCUCGGCCGGGAGCCCGAGCACGCCCACGCCUCAGUCUCCGCCAACGCCGCGCGCAAGUCACAUGAGUCACAUGCCUUCCUUCCGUGGCGGCGAACUGCACCGGUAUGACACGUUUGGGCGGAGACGGGAGGAUACACCUAGCACGCUGUUCGAUGUCGACGACGCAACGGUUCAGACGGCAAUUGCGGGGCAGCGUGCCGGCUCCGCGUGGGCGCCGACCCGCGUGUAGCCAGCGGCAUGGCGUUGCAAAGACGUCAGGCUGGACCAGGGAGAGUGUGUGUUCAUGAGGCGCGGGCAGGUCUGGCCUGUACGCCCAAGCGUUAAUGAGAUGAAGAAGGUAUGCAGCCGACGAAGAGGAGGGAGAGGAGGGAGACGCCGGCGUGACCAGAACAUUAUGCA